AUGACGGUGCACCUCCAAAAGGGCCCCCAUGCAGCUACCGUCGAUCUCCGUGUCGGUAACAAGUACCGCAUCGGCCGAAAGAUCGGUUCAGGCUCGUUUGGUGACAUUUACCUCGGCACCAACAUCAUCUCCGGAGAGGAGAUUGCCAUCAAACUUGAAUCCGUCAAGGCCAAGCAUCCCCAGCUUGAAUAUGAAGCUCGAGUCUACAAGUCGCUCGCUGGAGGUGUCGGCAUCCCGUUUGUUCGCUGGUUUGGUACCGAGUGCGACUACAACGCCAUGGUACUCGAUCUUCUUGGUCCCAGCUUGGAGGAUCUUUUCAAUUUCUGCAACCGCAAAUUCUCGCUCAAGACGGUCCUUCUGCUCGCCGACCAACUCAUUUCCCGAAUCGAGUACAUUCACGCCAAGUCCUUUAUCCAUCGUGAUAUCAAGCCGGACAAUUUCCUCAUGGGCAUUGGUAAACGGGGCAAUCAAGUAAACGUCAUUGACUUUGGCCUGGCCAAGAAGUACCGAGAUCCCAAGACCCAUUUCCACAUCCCAUACCGUGAGAACAAGAACUUGACCGGUACUGCACGCUAUGCGUCCAUCAACACCCAUUUGGGCGUGGAGCAGUCCCGCCGCGACGACAUGGAAUCUCUCGGCUAUGUCAUGCUCUACUUUUGCCGUGGAUCCCUCCCCUGGCAGGGUCUCAAGGCCGCCACCAAGAAGCAGAAGUACGACCGCAUCAUGGAGAAGAAGAUGACAACCCCCACCGAGGUGUUGUGCCGUGGCUUCCCCAACGAGUUUGCCAUUUACUUGAACUACACUCGUUCCCUUCGGUUUGACGACAAGCCUGACUACAGUUAUCUCCGCAAGAUCUUCCGCGACCUCUUUGUUCGUGAGGGCUUCCAAUACGACUACGUCUUCGACUGGACCGUCUACAAGUACCAAAAGAAUGCCCAGGCCAUCGCCCAGGCUGCUGGUCAGGCCAACCCCGAAGACGACGAGAAAGCUCGUGCUUCCCGUACCAAUGCCGCUACGGGCGGACAGUCCGGUGUCGCCAAGCCCAAUGCCAUCCCCAGCUCUCGACGUAAAAUGCUCGAACGUGGAUCAGGUGCUGGUGUCGACACUCCGGAUACCAGCCGCGCCAUUGGCGGAAGCGACAGGAUGUGA